AUGCUUUUUGUAGCGGUUUGGUUAACAACUAUAUUAAGUUCUGCUGCAUUUGCUAAUGCCAGGACACAUACGUUUAAUUUUACUGCAGGAUGGGUAAAUGCCAAUCCUGAUGGGUUUAAAGACAAGAGAAUGAUUGGUUUCAAUGGUGAGUGGCCGGUUCCUGAUAUACAUGUUAAUAAGGGGGACCGAGUGGAAUUAUAUUUGACCAAUGGUAUCGAUAAAGAUAUUGAGACUUCUUUGCAUUUCCACGGGUUGUUCCAUAACACUAGUUAUGGUAAUCAAAACCAAAUGGAUGGUCCCGUCAUGGUGACCCAGUGUCCCAUUUUAUAUGGUGAGACGUACCUUUACAAUUUUACUGUUGACGAUCAAGUUGGUACUUAUUGGUACCAUGCGCAUGCUGGUGCCCAAUACGGUGAUGGUAUGAGAGGUGCGUUUGUCAUUCAUGAUCCUGAUGAACCAUUCGAAUACAGUAAGGAUUUGGUAAUUCAAUUAUCUGAUCUUUACAGACAACCGUAUUAUGACGUUAGCGAUGCAUUUCUUUCUAGGUAUAAUCCAACAGGUGCUGAACCAAUCCCACAAAAUGUCCUCUUUAACAACACUUUAAAUGCUACUUUAGAUUUUAAACCAGGUGAGACGUAUCUAUUGAGAUUUAUCAAUUCAGGUUUAUUUGUAUCGCAGUAUAUUGCCAUCGAAUCCCAUAAUAUGACUAUCGUGGAAGUGGAUGGUGUUUAUGUGAAGCCAAAUACCACUGAUUUGAUAUACGUGGCAACAGGUCAAAGAAUUAGUGUAUUGGUGAAGGCUAAGGAAAAUAAUCCCGGUCGCAAUUUUGCUCUAAUGCAAAUAAUGGAUGAUUCCAUGCUUGAUGUAAUACCACCAGAUUUGCAAUUGCAAUGGACCCAUCAAGUUGCAUAUGACAAGGGGUAUGAUUGGCCAAAGACCAUCGAUGUGGGUGGUUUAGAAAAUGCAGCUGAAGAGUUUUACUUACAACCCUUAGAUAAUAGGGAACUUUAUGAUGAUUAUGAUGUUCAAAUUACGUUUGAUGUUAGAAUGAAAAAUCUAGGUGAUGGUGUCAAAUAUGCAUUUUUCAAUAACAUCACUUAUGUGGAUCCAAAAGUGCCCACGCUAACCACUGCAUUGACAUCAGGUAAACUGGCUAAAGAUCCACGUAUCUACGGUGAUAACAUCAAUGCAUACGUUUUUGAAAAAGAUGAAAUUGUGGAAAUUGUGGUAAACAAUUACGAUACUGGUAAACAUCCAUUCCAUUUACAUGGUCAUAAUUUCCAACUUGUACAAAAAUCACCUGCAUUCCACGAAGAUGAAAAUUUCCCUGAAGAGGAUCAAGAUAAAAUGACAGUACCAUAUAACGAGUCUGCGCCAUUGAUGAAUUUCCCAUCGCAUCCUGUAACUAGAGAUACCAUCUUAUUAGAGCCUAAUGGUCAUGUGGUACUUCGUUUUAAGGCUAAUAACCCUGGUAUUUGGUAUUUCCACUGUCACGUCGAUUGGCACUUGGUUCAAGGUUUAGCGGCAGUUUUCAUUGAAGAUCCUGAAACUUUACAGGAAAGAGAAAAAUUGGGUUCCAAUUACAAGCAAGUCUGUAAAGCUGCAGGUAUAAAGAAUGAAGGUAAUGCAGCUGGUCAUACUGAUGAUUGGUUUAAUUUGGAAGGUUUACCAAGACAACCAGCCCCCCUCCCCUGGGGAUUCACUGCUAAAGGCUAUGUCGCCUUUAUGGUAUGUACUCUAGCGGCAUUAUGGGGUAUUUACACCAUUUCUGACUACGGUCUAUCAGAAACUAUUCAAAAUGAUCAAGAGGUCUACAAUCGUUUGAAAGAAGCUCUAAAUGUUGAUGACGCCGCUAUUUCUUCCGUCCCUACUGAUUCUGCCAAUAACCAAUAA